CUCUCGCGGUUUGUCGGGGUUUGCGGUUGUGAAUAUGAUAGUUUAACUGACGGUGCGGUGCGGCGUGAACUCGACUCGAACGCUCGGCGAUCCCACCCGUGACCCACGGAGGCUCUCUCACCGCAACCCCUUUUGGGUUCUUCUAACCUAAAAGUUCCUCGCUUGACCGGCACCCUCCUGCCGACACCCCGGCGGCGCAACUCGGCGUCGACCUCGCUAUUUACUUAUCGAUUCGGCGCCGGCUGAGGCGAUUCAUCGGGUCAAACGCCGCACCGCUUCCUGAGAGACGCUCGGAUUUGAUUUUGCACUUUGCCGGUAAGCACUUGCACUCGUGUAUGUACCUCGAGGUCGACGCGGUAUCUCACCGAGGACACGUUUUCGCCGCUAUUACCGGUUCAGAAAUUCGCAAAAGCUUGCACAUCCUCUGUUAAAACGGACCUCGUCGACGUUUUUGAAGAGGAGGUUAACCUCUGCGAAGGAAUUUGGUGAAGGGCGGAAGGUGUCUCGAGGUCGCUUCCGGUAUCCCGGCUCGUAGGCUAAGAGGGCCCGCCGAUCCAAGAUGAACAAGAUGGACUACAUGGAGGUCACCCUCCCGAACUACUCGUAUAUCUUCAACUUCGAGGAGGAGUUCAAGUUCCAGGACACCAGGAUAUGGAUGACGAAUAACUGGAAGAACGGCUUCUAUUACUGCGGCAUCUACAUGGUCCUGAUAUUCGGGGGCCAGCAUUACAUGGCCUCCAGGCCGAGGUUCCAGCUCAGGGGCCUCCUCAGCCUCUGGAACACCCUCCUGGCGACCUUCUCCAUCAUCGGCUUCACCAGGACCGCCCCGGAGCUGAUACACGUCCUACGAAAUUACGGGCUCUAUCACAGCGUCUGCAUACCGAGCUUCAUCGAGCAGGACCGGGUGUCGGGCUUCUGGACGUGGAUGUUCGUCCUCUCGAAGCUGCCCGAGCUGGGGGACACGAUCUUCAUCGUACUCCGGAAGCAGCCGCUGAUCUUCCUCCAUUGGUACCACCACAUCACGGUGCUGCUCUACUCCUGGUUCUCCUAUACCGAGUUCACGGCCUCGGCCCGCUGGUUCGUCGUGAUGAACUUCUUCGUCCACUCGAUCAUGUACUCCUACUACGCCCUGAAGGCGAUGCGCUACCAGCCCCCGAAGUUCAUCUCGAUGGUGAUCACGACCCUGCAGCUCGUCCAGAUGAUCAUCGGCUGCGCGAUCAACCUCUGGGCCUACCAGUUCCUGGAGUCCGGCCAGUCCGAGUGUCGCAUCUCCAGGGUCAACAUCAAGUUCAGCCUGACCCUCUACUUCAGCUACUUCGUCCUGUUCGCGCGGUUCUUCCGCAAGUCCUACCUGAACGACGGGCGCAAGUCCGACAGGAAGGCCUACGAGAACGGGGCCGUCGGCCACGCGGUCGAGGACUACGGCAACGGCAAGCUCAAGGAGACGUAAGGACCACCCGGGGCCCGGUCGAAGGCUGCGCGGAGGACGAGCUCGUCGGGGCUCUCUCACCUCGAGUUGGCCGGGUGGUCCGGCACACCGGAAAGACCCGAGGACCUCGGAAGCUCGACCGAGCGAUAGCCUAGAUACCGUUUAGCUAGCUUAAGUAUCGCGGAGCCUUGGAACCCGGACCUCGGGGGGCGGGCAGCGAGGCCCUCCUCGGGCUCCGGGUCCAAGGAGGCUCGGGGGAUUCGCCCGGAGAAGAAUCCUCGAAGCUCCGGCACGCACGAAAAUGAAGGAACCGAUGGGUCGCGGGUGCCGGAGAUGUUUUACGCCGAUCGGUGAAACCGCCGGUCGAUGGAUCGUUUGACGAGGGUUUCCACUCGCGGUACCGCCGAUCCUCGGGGGUGGGAAGUGGCCGACUUUUUCUUGUUUUUGUCUUUUUUGUCAUUUCGUCAAGUGGCAUUCUUCGGGUCUAAGGUAUUCUUCGGAACGGCUUUCGCGGGGACCCUCGCCGCGAUUCGGACGAGACCGCGAAUCGAACGACGUCGAUUACGUUGUAAUAAUUCACGCGUCGGGGGAAGAGUUCAUACUUGGGGACGACACUCGGAGAAUAUCGAAUGAGUCACGGUCGGAAGGACAACGACUCGGUGGACGAGCUCGGAUUAUUGCGCGUACGUGAAUUAUGCAUGAAAUGCACCUCCACAAUGGAGCUACUCGAGGAGCUCCGAUCACAGAGGUCUACGAGCCUCGACAUUUUUUUUUUUUUUUUCGGUCGCGAUCAAGAGCGCGCCGGGGAAAAGGAGAGACCGACGGACGGUCAAUGAAGUCGCAAAUAUGGUAAUUGAGUAAAUGUUGCUCCUUCGGUGGAUACCGGACGAGUCCACUAGUCGUUGGAAUUCUUCUUUAUAGAAAGGGGAACGUUUUCGGCCUCGGUGUUCUUUUUUUACAAUUCGAGUCUCGCCCUUAUCGCGGUAAGGGUUCGCCGGCAGACCCGAGUGGAGGCGCACGAGGAGGGAUAAGGAGUAAAAAUAAAGAUUAAGGUUCUUUUACGUUGUUAUCCGCGAAGGGGAGGAAAGGAAGAACGCGAGGUGUUAUCGUCGGUGUACCACUUAAUUCGGAUCCGAGGGUCCCUUUGUGGGGAGACCUUUUGUAAAAAGGAAAAAAAAAUAGAGGAAACCCGAAAACGAGGGAGAAACCCGCGCCACUUCCAGAGCUCGCUCGGAUUCGGUCGAGACGGAAUGAAAUUUCGCGAUCGGUCGACACACGUACACACACACACACGGGGGAGGGGGGACAAAACAAUGGCACUAUUUUCCGCAGCGAGCCUUCGCUUCUUCCGUUGGCUCGGUCGUUUUAAUGAUGAUGCUUUUUAAAUGCCGCGAGGCGUUCGCGAGGGAUUCAUUUUUUUAUUUGACUUUACAGAUAUAUAUAUAUAUAUAAAUAUAAAUAUAAAUAUAUGUGUAUGCAUGUAUGUACGUAUGUGUGUAACGCGUUUCCUCGACGGUGGGUGAAUUCCGAGGGGAGACGACGUACUUUUAAGUGCCGCUGCGAUUCGUGCAAAUCCGGGGAUUUACUUUCGGCCCCUCUGCGGGGGUGGAUUCCCCCGAGAUAUAUCCUUCCUGGGAAUACGGGAGGACGAUGCGCCAUUUUGAUAUUUGCCGUUGCUCGUACCGUUUUCCCGUAACGAAGUGGCGGUCUCCAUUUUCUCGCCGCUUUUCGCGGGGGAGUUCAACCCCGGGAGGGGUCGGUUCCGUCGCUUGUACGUUGACUUCUUGUAUAUCCGAGUGCACAAACCACGCCGUUAACGCUGUAGUCCCAGGCGAAGCGGCGAAACGGCGGAAUUCCCCGGGAUUUUUCUCGCGUUUCGCCGGUUUUCCGGCUCGCCUGGAGGAGGUUUCGAUUUGCCCCAGGGUCUGCUUUUUCGUUUUCGGCGGUGACCGGGAACGAGGCCGUUGUUUAACGAGGGUAAUCGCUCGUCGUUCCCUCGUAACGAGCUCGUCUUCGGAAAUGUUUCCCUCUUGCGGUUCCUCGAGGGGAAAUUUUCUUGACGGUGACGACAUUUUUUUACGCUCCCGGUUCCUCCAGAGAGAGAGAGGAAUUUCCUCUCGCGGGGAAACCCCAGGAAGAGAGCUCGGUUUCACCUCGAGGACUCUUCGCCGGGGAGGGAUGUCGGAAGAAAGCGAAGGCCACGAGGAUUUGUUGGAAACACUCGGGAGGGACAAAUUCUUUUUCGGGAAAAGUGACGUGACGUCGUCGCGCGCAGCUUUUCCGAUCGAUCCCAGUCCUCGCCCUCUCUCUCUCCCUCUCUCUCUCCCUCUUUCUCUCCCUCUCUCGUAACUCUCGACCUCGCUCGGAUUUCGAAAAUGGACAUUAUUAAGGUCACUCGGGGAACUAUCCUAGAAGCUUCUCUGGAUUUUUGGUUUCUCGAAGGCGAUCAAUAUACCGGUAUAAGUGGCUUAUUUGUUAACGUGAAAAAUUAAUUUGGACGAUCAUGAUUAUUUUUUUCAAAGCGCGCCAAUGUUCUCGGGCUGUUAUAAGGGAUUUUCAACGAGGCGCGCGCAGGCCUCCCGUUAGUUCCCGCCGAGUGGCGCCGCGAUCGCGUUUCGCUGCCACUUUCCGCGCCCCCGAGAAAUGGGAAUCGGAGGAGAAGGUUCGCGGUCGAGCUUUCGGAAAAUAAGGAACGUGAUUUUUUUUCCCCUUUUGCGCUCCUGGGGCGCAAGAAUCGGCGCUAUCGCGCGUUUCCGCUUAUGGAUAUCGACGGGUGUUGCGCAUAAAAGCCGACGAGGCUCGAAUGGAAUGCGCUGACCGAUGACGCGAAUCGUCCGCACCGGAGAAAGCUUCGAAAUCGUCACGUCCCGCGUUCCCGAGUAUGGCAGACGAUCGGGUUCCCUCGGGCUCGUCUUCCCCGCGGGAUGAGGUUCUCUUCGAGGUCCUCUUCAAGACUUGGAACGCCUUCGGGGUGACAGGCAAAGUAGGACUAGCUUUUUCUUUUAUUUUCCGUUCUCUAAGUUUCGCUUUCUCGGGUCCAGGACCUAGGUCACUGCAACUCGUUGGAGAGCGAUUCGGCAUUUCGGGCGUCGUCGGUUUCCUAUAAGCAAAAGCCCCAUGAAUAUUUAACGCCUCGAUUUUAAUGCUCGACGGUGACGACUCCGUUUGCGCGGAGCGUCGCUCGCUGUCGGGAGUAAUUUAAAUGCCCGGGGACACUUGCGUUCGGAAAUGAGCGCGGACAUGAAAGGGUAAUCAGCUCACAAUUUCGAAAUUAAUUCGCAAUAAGACCGUCGGUGGAAACGUUUGAAUGGCGGCCGGGCCUCGCCGUCAUUCAACCGGAAAAUUAGCGUCCGAGGAAGAUAUGUAUAUUUAUACAUAAACAUUUGCAUUGGAGUAACCGGGAUUUCUUCGCGUUCGAUCGAUUCGAUUCCCUCCCACGUGCGGCAUAAAUUCUGACGAAUGAUAAAUGAAAAUGACGUCAGCGUCGGUUCCGCGUUUUUUUUUAAUUUUAUUUUUCGCGUAAACUCGCGCUUUUUUUUUUAAUUUUAUUUUUCACGUAAACUCGCACUUUUUUUUUUAAUUUUAUUUUUCACGUAAACUCGCGCUUUUUUUAAAUUUUAUUUUUCACGUAAACUCGCGCUUUUUUUUUUAAUUUUAUUUUUCACGUAAACUCGCGCUUUUUUCGCCUUUUAGGAGCGCGGAAGAAAGUCGGCCGUCGCGGAAAUUGAAUUCCGGUCGAUACGCAUCGUGGUUUCCGUUUUUCACCUCUAACGGGAGAGUCUCUUUUUCCCGUGGAAAUUCCCGCCCGGUAAUUAAUCUCGAGAGGUCGGUCGACCGGACGAUCUUUGGCGUCGUCGAGGAUCCGAAAAGGAAAAAAUCGGAAAGUCCCUCGGACCCAGGGGCCGUUAAGGAGAUUCGUUUAAAAAUUAAAAGCGAAGCGGGGACUCCGGGGAUCGCCUUCGGGACCGUUCCCCUCUUCCCGGAGGGGAUUGGCAAGGAGCCAAGAAAAGAAUCGCCGGUUUAAUCCCUUCGAUCCCCUCGAAGCGGUUGGCAAGGCUUUUUCGUCGUCUUGCAUACGUGCUCAUUUAUUUUCCCCUGAUAUUAUCAAGGACUUUAUCCGAAAACAGACGUAGGAUGGACCUCGCGCGUCGACCGACCGUGAAACCGGCAUAAUCGAGAGAGGACAAGGAGGCCGUUUUCCUCCUCUGUCGAUUUUUAUUCUUUAUUUUUUGUUAGGCGAUUGCGCGGCGCAAUUUGACGACAGCCUAUUUAAUUUCGUUGUCCUUAUCUAUGGGUGGGAUGGGAGGCGAAAAAUGGCGAGGUGAGGUUGCCAGAGAUAGUUCCUCCAUUUCUCCAUUUUUCCUAGGGUCCCUAAUUUUCCUUACGCCCCCGAGUACCGUUCGAGCACCACCGUAAGCACAAAAGCAGACCCGAAAUGGAGUUAAGGGAUGCGACGAGUCGAUAUAUCGUUCGACUCGUCCCAUGGCUAGUGGAUCGACAUCCGACGAGUCGAUAUAUCGUUCGACUCGUCCCAUGGCUAGUGGAUCGACAUCCGACGAGUCGAUAUAUCGUUCGACUCGUCCCAUCGCUAGCCGACGAGUCGCGUCGGGAUCAGCGCACAAAUCCGCACGGGGGAAGACGCACGUUUUCGCGUAUUCUUUCCUUUCGUUUCUUUCGUUUUCUCCGCGGCCCUUUUCCUUUCCUCCUUUUUAUCAUUACCGUUGACUUGCACUGGUGCAAUCAUCCGUUGGCCGCAGGCCGGCCACGAGAGGGCGCGAAUCGCUCGAUUCGGAUUGCGGCGGACCUUUCGUUCGGUCGUUUCGGGAGAGCCGCGCCGAUGGAUGCCACGGGGUCGGGUGCAUCGUGAACCAGACCCGGACGAGGAGAGAAGGGGAAGGAAGGAAUAGAAGGAGCGUACGCGCGACUCUUGCGUGUAAGUCCGCCGAUAAGAGGACACCGCUCGGCUCGGGUGGUCGAUCGAAGCGGGCGCGACUUCGGUUUAUCGCGAGCCUUGUCGGUCGUCAUCCCCGUAGAAUUUAAUUACCGGGACAUCCCUAGUGGGUCCGGCCAGGAACGAGGAAAAAUCCCCGAAGGAAUGGGAAAGCUCGCGGGGAUAUUCCCCUUGCGGCGCUCGAUAGCGAGACGAGAGGACGAGCGUUUAUUUUAUAAAUUGUUAAUUCGGGGCUUACGAAAAGUGUCGUUGAAAUUACCCUCGUACCGCCGUCGCCGGUCGAGGGGACGAAGGUUUAUUUUUUUCUAUCAGCUUCCCGGUAAUCUGGGAAGGUACGCGGUCAGGGUCGCGUCCCCGGGAUGUCCCUAGGAGGCGCCGUCGCCCGUGGCCGCGCGAUAGUCGAUGGUCCUUUCUCGGGAGGCGGCGCUCUCCCUUUCCCGAAUUCGGCUCGCGCGGUUUCUUCUUGAAACGAUGCCUCCGUAACCCGCGAAGUCGAGGAGACUUCGACGCACCUAUGAAAAUGCGUCGGCGUCCGAAGAAACGCGAGCGCGAGAGGGGAAGGAAACGUCGCAUUUUGCUUACAUUUAACGGGAAGAUGAACGGUGAGGGAGGCCAAGUCGAGAAGAACGCUCCUUUAAAGCUUUUACAGGCCGCAAUCGCCCCCCGAUCCUGUAACCGGGGUCGUGGAGUUCGCCAUCUUGGAACUUUCGAAUGCGGGCCUCCCAUUGGCGGAGACGGGUCACGUGACUAGGUGGUUUCCAAAAUGGCGGACCGCAGCUCCGAUGGACGAGGGAAUCGACAAGGGUGUCGGGGGAAGGGAAAUUCGGCGCGAGUCCGUUCAAAUUUUUUCACGUUCUCGGGCACCUUUUGUCAUCGCGUGUGUACGUAUGCAUAGGCAAUGACGUUGAUAUAAAUAAAGAGAAAACGAUUUCCGAAGUUCGACGGCAUUUCAGUUUGGAGAGUCACCGACGGGGGUUCGAAACACCUUGACAGGUCUCUUGAAAAAUUCUUCCUUAGAGAUUAAGUAGUCGACGGUAUUCUAGAACGCGAGGAGUCGCGUCUCGUUUGUUCCUUUUUUUUUUUUUUACGGUCGAAUCGUUUGCGAGAUUCGCAGUUAAGUGCUGGACGCGUUCGGGAGGACGAGACCUUGACCCACGCCUGGCGAACGCGUGAUGGCGAUAACUCCUACCCUCCGAUACGGCGCAGAGCUACAAAGUUAAGAUUAUAAUGAAAACAUCACGCGAUCUCUGACAUCCGAUUAUCGAGUCCAGCUUGAUCGGAAACGAUGGCCAACUCUGCGGACGUUGCCCCGGAGACAUCCAGACUUCGCCGUGGAUUAAGGAGGAUACCCGAUCAUCCGACACCUGCUUCUUCGUUCGUCGCAUACGAUUGGCCGCCACGUAGCGCCGAUAAUGUUCCGAUUAAGUCGAAAAAGGGGCGGUUAAGCCCCGUCUCGAAAAUAAAAUUGCGAUAAGUCGA